AUGGUGGAGCGAGUGCACCGAACACUCAAGGCCGGUUUAAUGUGCAACGAGGACAUUCCCUGGCCUGACGCCCUGCCACUGGUUUUGCUAGGACUGCGCACGUCUUUUAAAGAGGACCUUCAAGCCUCCCCAGCCGAGAUGCUCUACGGGACAACGCUCCGAGUGCCUGGAGAGUUUUUCACAACCACCAGCCACCCGAAUGCCGACCCGCCGUCUUUCAUUCAAGGCCUUCGUCAGCUGCAGCAAUCCAUCAAACCAGUCCAAGCUUCCAGGCACGACUCCCCGCACAAGCCUUUCAUUUUCCGCGACUUGCAGACGUGCACGCACGUCUUCAAGCGCGUCGACGCAAUUAGUAAGCCGUUGGACCCACCUUACACAGGACCACACAAGGUGAUCCGACGAAUCGACAACCGGAAUUUCACCAUUGAAGUCAAUGGACGCCCCCGCACCUGCUCUACGGACACCCUGAAGCCAGCAUACCUGGAGCGCGCGGACAUGCCAGUCUCCGGCCAAGCUGAGACCGCAUCACCCUCGCCUGCCUCCAGACCAAAUCCAGGCCCGCCAACGCCACCACCAGCCCCCACGUCUAUGCCGCAGCCAACACCUGAGCCACCCAAGGCGGCCAAGGCCAACAAACGGGUAUCGUUCAGCCUGCCUACGGCCGACUGCACUAAGCGGGGAGCCCCGGUGGCGGUUUCCGCUAGCCAAAGCGCAAAACAAAAAACGCGCAGGAAACAACAGCUCAUCCCGCGAGCACAAUGGUAG